UGCGCAGUAUGCUCGUGUUGACGUCAACACGUGUAUCGGUAUUUUGCAAGCACCAUCUGUAGGCACCAUCCCGAGUAACGUCGUUAAAUUGAGAGAUGGCAGACACGAGGCUGCACAACUGGUUCUGUUUAAGAUGCGACCAUUAUUAAUGCUGCAGCCAUGCAAUCAGAACAUCAAAAGUCUAGUCCAUCUGCACCAUGUGCCCUUUGGCCAGUGGACCUCAAGUUAACUCACUUGGACUGGAACCCUGAAGCAACCCUGAUACACUUCCAGGGACAGUACCUAUCCAUAUGUGAACUUGACUAUAACAUCUUGCAAGGGGAAAUACAAAACACACCAAAGACUAAAGCUGCAGUGGAUAUCGGGGAGUUUUGCCUCGUGGAAGAUUUGACUUCAGGCCGCUGGUACAGAGGAAGAGUUCAGAAAAGAAGAGAGUACUUGUUUGACGUUUUCCUCAUCGAUCACGGUAACAUCUUGAGUGUCGAUAUCAUCCACAUAUCUUCCUGUUCAAACGAUCUGUUCAUCCUUCCUCCCAAGAUAGUUUGUGGCUUUCUUGCAAAUGUACUGCUGCUUGACGGUUGUUCUCAUUCGGUAGUGGAUGCGUACUUCUCAAACCUGAUUGGAAGAUAUGUCACAGGUUACAUCCAAGCCUUCCUGCCCCACAAAGUGCUCUUAUUGGAAGCCCCUGACAUUAACGUUGACCUUGUUAGACAUGGGUUUGGAAGGCACAUGGACAAAGAUACUUUCAUCCUCUUGGUCGCGAUGCUCACAGAAGUGCCGAUCAAACAAAACAAGGAGCCAGUUCCUGACUUACUCAUUGAAAAGCCAAGGGGACAAGAAGUUUUCUUCAACCAGUCUGGUUUGCAGGGAUACGACAUUCUGUCUUUCUGUGGGCCUAGAGUGAGUUGUGAGACACGUGCUAAAGUGCGUGUAACUGCUGCUGUUAACCCUGGGAGGUUUUACUGCCAGAUGACCAGUAUGGAAACAGAUCUUUGGGAAAUGUCAAAGAAGCUGGCUGCAGCAAAUGAGUACCGAUCCAAAGAACACAAUCCGAAGACCCCAGAAAACCUGGGGUUACUGUGCUCCGUCAAAAGCAAAGAUGGGAAAUGGUACAGAGGCUUUGUGCAGUUUCUCCCAGUCAACUCUCAACUUCGAGUUCUGUUAAUUGACUACGGGUUCUUUGAAUCUGUUAAAGUUGAGAAUGUCCACAGGCUGCCACCUGAGCUCUUUUCAACACCCAUCAUGGCGUUCCCAUGCUCGCUCGCCUCCCUUAGUGAUCAAGAUGAGGUGGUCAAAACACAGCAGUUGAGUUUCCUCAAAGCAGGCUUGCUUGGAAAAGUGUUAGAUGUGGAGAUCAAAAGUUUUGACAAAGAACAGCACAUGUACUCUAUCACAGUAAUUGGUGCUGAAGAUAAUCAUGUGAAGGAACCGGAGCCCAUGCAAGCGCAUCCUAGAAUGAAGAUUGAGUCAGUUUUUGAUACAGAAGAAUUGUCACCUGAAGGUGGCUAUUUAUACAAUGAAACAGUCAUGGGUGAAGCAUUGGGUAAAACACUGGAAGCAGAAGAGGUGCAUGUAGGCUCUGUCUUUUUGGGCUAUGUUGAGCAUGUCCAGAAUCCAAACCGCUUCUGGAUGAGAACAAAAAAACGCAAUGAUGAGUUUGAAGAAAUGAUGAGGAAAUUGGCAGAUUACUACAAUCAAGUGAAGCUGGAUGAAGACGUGCUGGUGAAUCCAGAGCUUGGGACACUGUGCUGUGCAGUUUAUGAGAAAGACAUGCAUUUCUACAGGGGCAUUGUGACAGACACUCUAAAGCAUGGAGCUGAAGUUCUUUUUAUGGAUUUUGGGAACAUUGAGAAAGUGCCACACAUGUUGAUCAAGAAGAUGCCAGAGACAUUUGCGAGCAAAUCAGCAUUUGCCUUCUGUUGUACUCUUGUUAAUGUUGUUCCUCUGGAUGAAGUCUGGACCAGUGCCAACUCUGACUUUUUGAGACAAGCUGUGUCAAACAAAACCCUGCUAGUCCACGUUGUCCAAAAGAGAAAAAACACAUUUGUUGUUGAUCUCUAUGAAACGGGAAGUGACAACAAUCAAAGUAUCACUGAGCUCCUGAUCUCUUCCAAAAAUGCUGAAUACUGGAACAACAUUGCCAUAAAGCCUGUGGUGCAAAACACAGAUUUGACAGAAGAAACAAGGCGCCCAAGACGUAGUGUGACGUCAGACAUCAAUGGAAAUGCAGAGCAAAUGAAGGAUUGGGAGGAGGAAGAGAAAACGUGCAAAAAUCAAACUGAAAAGGCCCGAGCCUCUGCUAGCUUCAAAGCCCUAAGCAUCAAGCCUGGGUGUAAUUUUGCUGUGCGUUGCUCUUACAUCAGGUCUCCUUUAGAUUUCUGGUGCCAGCCUCUAGGUAAGGUUCCAGCUUUGGAGGAACUGAUGGAUAAAGUGAAUCAAUAUUACUCGACUCACACAGUUCCCCUCCAAUCAGGGGAUCAAUGUUGUGUCACAAAGUCACCUAUAGAUGGAAGAUGGUACAGGGCCUUCAUCAUAGAGAAACAGAGAAGUCAUGCCAGAGUGAUAAUGGUUGACACUGGCUUUACUGUCCAAGUCAAGGAACACAAUCUUCAGGCAAUAAUGCCAGAAUUUGUUCAUUUGGAAGGACAAGGUUUCAGGUGCAGCCUUUCCAACCUGAUUAAACCUGCUGACCCAAAGAACAGUGGGUAUUGGAGUCCGGAUGAGUGUAAGUGGCUAACAGAUUUUGUCCUGGACAGUCCCAGUGGUCUAAGAUGUAAAGUUGUCUUUCAGUUGAAUGUAAAAAACAGAGGGCUGUGCAAUGUUGUGGAACUUUACAACACCCAAACCCAACGGAGCAUAACAAAUUUGCUCUCUGAACAGGGCCAGGCGAGAGAAGGGAAAAUCUUGACAAAGCAACUGUUAACAGUGUUUCCAGAAUCUUUUGUCUACUCUUCAUUUGAUCUAAGUCCUGGAAAUGAAGAACAAGUCUACGUCACUCAUGUUAGCAGUCAGUGGGAGGUCUACUGCCACCUUGAGAGAAAUGUUGAAAUCAUUCAAGACCUUGAAAAGAAAAUCUCAGAUGAAAGUGAGAAAAUUAUGCAAGCCAGUACGAGAGCAGUUGUGAGGAAGCUGUGCCUGGCAAAAUACUUUGAUGGUCGAUGGUACAGGGGCUUGGCACAUCCUGUUCAGUCACCUCUGCAUCUUAGUGUGUUUUUUGUGGAUUAUGGAAACACAAACAUAUCUGAGAAAACCCACGUUGUGUGUAUCGACAAAGACUCUGAUUUGUUGUACACACCCAUGCAAGCUUUGAAAUGUCGCCUUGCUUCAGUUUCCAAAGAAGAGCUCUAUGCAGAUGUCAAAAAUUGGCUUGAUGGUGCAAUACUCAACAUGCAAGUGAGAGCGGUCAUAGUUGGAGAGAACGAAGAUGGUUCAUUUGAUGUUAAACUAUUUGAUGGAGAUGUUAACAUCAACGAGAAGGUAAAGGAGCUCAUUCUCAGUGUUUCACCGAAACCAAAGACUGUUGUGAGUUUUGACAUGAGCAGCACAAAGACAAAAGACAAAACUCUCCACACAAAGGGCUCAAUUAAGUGCAAGAGUCAACCUAAAGGGAAGUCUUCAAAUUCCCACACAUUGAAAACCAGGUGCACUCAAGUUGGAUUUGCACCUCACAAAAAGAAAGAAAACACAAAAAACUAUGUUCAUGAGAAAGCUCAGAAGAACACAAAAGUAAAACGACAAAGGGAGUACCAUAAUACAAACACAAAGUCAAAACAACCACAAAAUACGGACACGGAAAGUCCUCAGCUUUCUUGUUUGCCGGACAUAAAAGUGAGCGCAGGUUUCAAGGCAAAGUGUUUUGUCUCCUACAUUGACUCGGUCAAGAGUUUUUUCCUUCAACUGGCGGAGGAGGAACCUGCCAUCUUGCAAAUGGCCGAAGAUCUCAACACAAGUGUCUUCAGAGAUUCCUUGAAGACUCCAACUUUAUUGAGAAUCAAUGACCUUGUUCUGGCUGAGUAUGAGGAAGACAGCGCUCUGUAUCGUUCUGCUGUGAAGGACUGUGGAGGAAGUUCCUGUUACAAAGUUGAGUUUGUGGACUAUGGAAACUCUGCAGUCAUCAGGAAGGAGAAGAUCUACUCCAUACCAAAGGAAUAUCUCUCUCAGCCGAGAUUCGGCAUAUCCUGCUCCCUGUUGGACACAAGCACAUAUGAAAAUGAUGCUUCUUUCACGGAUGCUGUAAUGGAGAAGCCUCUCAUGGUUGAUUUUGUCCGACAUAAUGAAGUUCAUUGGGAAGUCAAGGUUGAGAUUUUUGAAGAAGCUGUUGGUCUUUCAGACACACUUGAAGCAGCUGUUGAAAAUGGCACUGAAACCAAAAAAGAAGAGGAGGCAGGUUCAUCUGAAACGGAAGAGAAAGCGAGAUCCUGUGAGCAGAACCACUUGGAUAAAGAAGCGAGCAAGAUUGAAAAAACUAAAUUUGAAAGAGCUACCGUUGAUGGUGAAAACGCCGAAAGAACUGUUGAUGGUGAAAACUUCAUGCUGAAACCGACACCUGCCACACUGUCGGAUAAACUAGAAGAACAUCGAAAAGCACCCACCAGAAACAAGGAUAAUUCUGAGGAGGAUCUAAGAAAAAUCGCAAAAGCACCUGUCAAAACAAAAAGUGAUUGGGCAGAUGAAAUCGUACACCCGACUAUUGAAGCUAAAGACACAGAGAUUGGUACAGUUCUGUCGGUCCUGAGUAACAGCAAUUUUUACGCCAGACUAAAUAAGGCCAGUGAACUGCUUGCUGCAUUGGAAAGUAGUAUAGAUGACAACCUAUACAAGUGCCAGAUCGUGGCCGAAGAGAAUGUCAAACAAGGCUAUAAGUGCUUAGUUCAGGUAAAGGACAAGCAGUGGCACAGGGCUGUUGUUCAAAAUGUAGGCCAGGGAAAAUGCCAGGUCUUUCUCGUGGAUCAAGGAAUAACGGAAGAAAUCCCAAGUGGCUCAAUCCGACGACAGUGUAGCGAGCUGACAAAAAUCCCAGACCUUGCCGUUUUGUGCAAGGUAAACUGCCUUGGGUUCAGUGAGGGAGAUGGUGCUCACGAAAUGUGGUGUGAAACUCUUAAACCACUGAUUGGCAAAAAAGUCAAGCUGAUGUUUAUGUGUUAUUCAGAAGACGAUAAACUGUGGAAUGUGGAAAUAAUCAUGAAUGGGCUGCUCCUUCUUCGUCAACACACAACCACCCUGCAGCAGAACAAGGAGGUGCUAGUGUUGCCCGCUGAAACUAAAGUAGAAGGAGAAUCCAACUUGGACAAAAGUCCUACUCAGCAACUUGUCUUUGCUCCUAUUGAUCUAGACGAAGCAUAUUCUGGCUUUGCUGCUGCAGUGACAACUCCCUUUGAGUUUUGUGUCGUUCUGGAGGACAGGCUUCUGGUCAUGAACAAAGUGUCCAUCAUGCUGGACGACCUCCCUGGGCAGAUGUCUCCUCUUCCUGAAGCCCACCUCGUCCCUGGCACCUGCUGCCUAUUGAAAUCGGACACCAAGAACAAGUGGUGCAGGGCUGAAAUUGUACACGCCGACACCAUAGCAGUCCUUAACCUGGUGGAUUACGGCCAUUGCGAAUGCAUCUCAUACGAAGACUGCUCCACGCUGAAGAGGCUUCCUGAGGCGAUAACCAACCUCCCAAAAGUGACGUACCCCUGCAUCCUGAGAGGGGUGAAACCGGUUGGAGUGGAUGCACAGUGGACCGAUGAAGCAGCGGUCUUCUUCCAGCAGUGUUUGUACCAGAAGAACCUCCAGAUCUUCUUCAGAGAGUUUGUGUCAAACACACACUGGAAGGUGGACAUUCUGGCAGAUGGCGUCCAUGUUGCCAAGGAGCUGGUGGAUGCUGGACACGCCAAUUAUAUGGACAUCAUGCUAGGACUGAGGUUCCAGGAACAGAGCUCAGAUAAAGCUGCUCCUCCUCCUGACAGUGAGGAAGAGUGUGGUCUGGAAGAUGAAGGCUGCGAUGGGAUGUCAGAUCUCUCGGUCGAGUCAUCUGAUGAAGAAGAGGGGAAGAUGCAACUCAGCAUUGAGUCUGAAUCUAGGCGAUGUUUUCUGAUGUGAAGGCAGUCCGGUUGGAUCUUGUCACUACAAUGAGCAGCAAUCCCCAAUCACUCUGCAUCAGAUAAAUCCAAGUAAGAUGCUGCUUGUUGGAUUUUUUGGCUAUAAAUUGAGAUUUAGCACUUAAAAGUGACAUAAUUUACUUUACGAUGUUAUUAUGUAAACUUAAUUGUAUUAGUUCAUGGUGAAACAUAAUUUUGUUUUGUUGAAUUAGCUGGAGUACCUUGAAAGGAUUCAGACAGCAGCAUAAUGUGCCUAAAAGCACAAGAAAUCUGAGUCAGUGAACUAUUUUUUUUUUUUUUAAAUUAAGAUUUAAAUGAGGUGUUCUCCUUAUUCAGCAUCUUUUUUUUUAUUAAUAAUGUUGAUGGAUGUUCAGUUCAUUUUUUCCGUUUUUUUAUAAAGAAA